GGAAAUGCACUGGAAACUCCAGAUGAUUUUGAUCGAUUAGUGAUAAGUGAGCCAAAUAAUUCGUCAGGAUGGUUACAGUACAUGGCAUAUUAUCUACAAACCGCAGAAAUUGAUAAAAGUAGAGACGUAGCUGAACGUGCUUUAAAAACUAUAUCGUUUAGAGAAUCUCAGCAUCUCCUUAAUAUAUGGAUUGCGAUGAUGAAUUUAGAAAAUUUAUAUGGAACGCAAGAAACAUUGACAAAAGUUUUCGAGCGAGCGGUACAGCGUAAUGAUCCUAAAGAUGUAUUUUUUCACUUAUCAAGAAUUUAUAUUAGAUCAGAUAAGCACGAGUUAGCAGAUAAGCUUUUUCAAAACAUGAUCAAGCGAUUCAACACCAGCAAGAAAGUUUGGAUUCGGUAUGGACAGUUUUUGUUCGAGAUUAAGAAAUUUGAGGGAGCGCGUAAAAUUUUACAGAGGAGUUUGAAAAGCUUGCCAAAAAGAAAACAUUUGGAUACAAUUGUUAAAUUUGCUCAGUUUGAAUUUAAAUAUGGAGAUCAUGCUCGAGGAGCUACUAUUUUCGAAAGUGUUUUAUCUAAUUACCCUAAACGAACUGACUUAUGGUCUGUUUAUAUUGAUAUGGUAAUCAAAGUUGGUGAUAUCGAGCAAGUCAGAAAACUAUUUGAAAAGGUAGUGAAAAUUAACCUUUCGUCGAAAAAGAUUAAAUUUCUCUUCAAGAGGUAUAUGGAAUUUGAAAGUAAAUAUGGUAACGAAGAAAGUGUUGAACAUGUAAAACAAUUGGCAGUUGAUUAUGUAUCUUCACAACUUGAAAAAACUGGCUAA